CUGUGUCCACAAUGUAAAGCUGCAUGAACUCCUAUCAGCAGCUGUCUUUCUAUGUCAGCAAAAAGUAUUUCUGAUCCAAGAAUGGCACAAGGAUUUCUACAACCCCCCCCCCCACCAGUCAUUCUCUAAUAAUAAACUGUUGAGUACUAACAUUAAACAGUGAACACUUGUUCGCUGAUUUAUCCUGAGACCUGCAAUAAGAAACUGACUCCAUACUAGUAAACAGACGGGCCCAUUAAUAUCUCUGCUGGCGGAGCAAAACAUAUCAUAGCAGAGUCUGCUGUCUGUACAACAACUUCUCCCAUCUGGACCAACACGUGCCUAUAGGAACAAUGUCGCAGGAAACUCAAGUGAAGAAGAAGAAACGUCCAGUGAUGAAAGAGGAAGAUCUUAAAGGAGCCCGAAACCGACUAGGACCUGGGAAAGAAACCAAGUCAAAGACUUACCAAGUCUUAAAAGAAUGUGAACAAGCAGGCACUGUGGCUCCCUCUGUGUUUAGUGGAGAUAGAACGGGAGGAGAAACAGUCUUCAGCAAACCCAAGGAAGAGCCAGCGAAAAGUGUCUUUGACAGCUGAAUGCAUUCUCCUGCACGGACAGAGCAAUACAUCUUUAUUGUCCACUCAACAUUUGCGACCUUUUGUGUUGUAUAAUUGUAAAUUGCACAUUCAUGCAGAAUAUAUUUUGAAGACUUGUUACAAUGUUUCUGGGACUUAAACUGAUAAAGUAAUCAUGCGGUAUAAAGAAUGAAUGUGGUGGCAGUCUAUUGUAAGAGCAGCUGAGUAGAAACAAUAUGGGGUAAAUGUACUAUUACGAAAAGGCAGUCUACACGUGUGCAUGUAUAACUGUGAAAUGAAACAGCUUUAAAAGCUCCUCUCCAUUACAAUGUCGGCACAAAAUUUUGACUUCAGAAUAAAGACUGGUGACAAAAAAGACUAAAACUCAUAACUCAAUGUGGGUGCUAAUAUAGUGGUUACACAGUCUAAAGAAAAGGGAACGUACAUUUCCUUAUGAUUGUUUGACUUUAGUUAGAGUAUAUUGUAAGAGGGUGUUGGGUUGCCACCAAAUUAUCGCAAAGGGAAACUACCCUCUGCAGAAAAAACAUUAUUUUAAACUUUUUUUUAAUUUACUUUGCAUAAAUCUGAGUCAUUUAAGAUUUUGGAAAAAAAAUAUAUAUUUGACACCAUGUAAACCAUGCACACAUAUGUACACCUUUGUCUUCAUAUUAUGAGUGGUAGAAUUAUGAAAAAAAAUCACAGUGAAACUAAAGGAACAUAGAGAAGGCUGACAAUUGCUAUUGCAUUUAAAGUUAUUUGUGCAGGGAUGCAAACUCCCCUGCCCCCCCUCCCCCAAAUAUGAAGGCUGCACCAUGUGCUACUAGCUGUGAGCUUAUUGUAUCUGAUAAAUCUAAAUCCAUAAGGACAACACAUUUUUCAUUCUGCCACAAGCAAAAGUCUGGAAUUUAAUGUGAUGGGAUCAUGGAAUGAUGGGGGUGGAUUAAUUGUGAAACUGGAUCUCAUAUGUUACACUAAAGGUCACUGCUAUAACUUUAUUCCAGAAGUGAAAUAACUUGUACAGAUCAUCCCCCCCUUUACAAUACACACUGUUGGCAUAAAGCAAACAAACAAAAAACAAUCGUCUCUGCCCAUGGAUAACAAAUCAUCUCUGUCUCUCUCUGUCUCUGCCUCUCUGUGAUGCUCUCCCACUGAUGACAGUUUGGCUUUGACCAGUUUUGAUAGUCAUGAAUGGAGAGGACCCAGAAAAAACUACUUUAUAAAGCAAAUGCCUUUUAUGUGGAAAUGCACCUUUCCAAAUCAGAGAACUAUUAAUAUUCUUGGUGUUAUAUCAGGCAUUACACCUGGUAAAUCAGAGAACUAUGAAUAUUCUUGGUGUUAUAUCAGGCAUUAUACCUGGUAAAUCAGAGAACUAUGAAUAUUCUUGGUGUUAUAUCAAGCAUUACACCUGGUAAUGUUACAUUUGGAUUGCUUAUGGGUAAAGAAAUCACAUUUAUUCAAGAGAAAAAAAACAUUUUUUUUUGCAACUGCACUAUUAUAUGUUCCUUGGGUACUCCUCCCCAUUGGUAUGGUGCCUCUCAUGACUCUAUUGUCAGUCCUUUGAUCACUUCUUAGGACACUGCCUCACAAGCCAUCCUUUGGACCCUAAUGGGCAGCACUGCAUCAGACCUUCAGAUAGCCGCCAGCCACUCAGGAGAUACUUGCACCUCUGAUUGUAGCCAUGUCCUACCAGCAUGCUGAUGUCAUCAUGAGGCUAUGCCUGCUAUGACAUGUAGCUGCUGUGAUGUCCUAUUCCUGUGCCAAGGCUAGUGACACCUUCAUGUCCCACACAUGCAUUAAUAUGGCCUCAACUUACAGUCCCAAUUAUUGAGGGCUACAGAAGCAACCUGCUAUCUGCCGAGCAUGUUCUAUCCCCUCACAGGACAGGCAUAGCCUAUUGCCCACCCCCCCAGAUAGGCAUAUCCAUCCACCAUACCUACACUUUCAAGAACCUGAGCUGCUAAAUGAAGUUGGGUUACCUGAGUCAUAGUCUGGACUCCACCCCUCAAUGGCACAGAUAUAGGCACAGUCAAGCACAAAAAUGAACUAGGUGCUAGUACCCAAAGAACGACAGGUGUCCUACAUCUUAUUCCACUUAAAUACAGGGCAGGUGUGUGUGUUUGUGUGUGUGCAUAUUUGGGAUGCGGAGGCACAAUUAAAGCUUCACUCCUGACAGGAAUACUUUGCAUCACUAAACAUCAAAGUGUGCAUUUAAAACACUGUUUUUCCUGUGCAAGUGACAAAUUUGUUGCUGUGCACACGUACCCAGACACACUAAUGAGCACAUGUAUAACAGAAAUGAUCUCCCAGACGUAUAACACAAAUGAUUCCUUUGCAGUCACUAUAAAACUCCAUAAUGCAGAAAGAAGGCCUUUGAACAAUGGAUGAAUUGCUAAACCCCAAAUAAAUAUUUUAUCAGCGCCAAUUGUGCAAACUCAACACCAUUGGUAUUGACAAAUGCUUUGUUUAAGGUUUAAAAGCAAUGGAAAAAUAUAUGCCUUGCCACUUGUGUGUUGUUUGCUGUUUAUUUAAAAACGCUGGAUUUUUCCUUCUCUAGGUAGAUCCAAAUUACUCUGGCUUUGUGCUUGUGGCUACAGAGAAGCUAUGCAUGGCUUUGACAACCUUUUCAUGAUCAAUAGACUGUUUAGUCAAACAUUUUCAUAUGUCUGAGAGAUUCAAGCCUCUUUAGAGUUGUUUUAUUCACUAAUUGUGUACAAGUGUGCGGUCGGGAUUUCUUUCCUUUUUAGUACAGCAAACCAAGUAAUGUUACCAUGUCUGAGAGACGCCUCAUUUGUUGCCUGUUUCUACUACCAUAGACGAAAAAAUAAUGGCUGAGCUGUGGCAGUCUUCUUUAUUUACAAAAGCUGUUGGCACUUAUGAAAUCCACAAAUGGCUGAACAAUUCUUCUAAAAAUACCUCAGGAUUGGUCAACAUUUAAUAUUUGUAACUUUUAACUUAUUUGAUUGGACUAGAACUCAGUGGAGCUUUAGAAAUUUCUGUUUUGAACAAUAAACUACAUGCGCUUUAGUAUCAUUCAAACUACCACCUAGUUAAUGCUCAUUAAUGAUUUCUGCCUACCAUUUUUUAUUAAAAGGUUACAUAUUUGAAAAAAUAAUAUUGCUGACAGUGAUUUCUACAUUAUCUGGAAAGGUGUGAUUUCUGUGACUAUGAAAUAGAAGUUUUCACAACAAGUAAUUUAAAAUGUAAAGCUUUUUAAGAUUUAACCAAGGUUACAAACACCAUUAUUAUAACAGACUUUAAAAAAGUGGGGGCGAAAAACACAACCCUUGAGAUUAAAUCACAUAUUUAUAUUUAUAUAACAGUUACCAGUUGUGUUUUUAUGCUAUCAGCAGACUUAACCAAUGCCAUUCAGAUAAAAAAUGAAACAAGCAUUUCGUAAUGGUCAUUUUAAUGUACGGACUGGUGCCAGUUGAUCACAUAAUCAUCAAAAACAACAUUUCAAAAUUUAAUAGUUUAAGUACAUGUUGUGAUAUCAGUUUCAACAAUUCUGAAAAAAUGGACUUGUGUAUUUGUAGCAGAUGACAUUAGAGACCUGUUCCACUUUGUGUAUAUUUCCUAGGGUGUUAUAACUGUAUGAACUACAUUUGCUAUGUUACCUGUUUCACUGAAAGCCAGAUACAUGACUCAGUGACAGUGUUAGCUAUUAUGACUCACACCAAGAUCGUCCUCUUCUGAAUUAGAGGAAGAUGCAACGCUGCCAGUCUCCUGUUUAGAAGGGUGUAAGGCAUGUACCACCAAAAUAAAAAAAUGGUGCCAGGCAGUUCAUGUGAUCUUCCAGUUAACCAAAUGUUUGAGACACAGCAGUAAUUAACUCAAGUACAUUCUUAAUGUGAACUUGUUAACUUUUCUUUCAUUUUAUAUACAAUUGUUCGAUGCCAUUGUUAAACCCCUGCUGGAUAUGUACAGUAUACUGUUUAUAAUUGUUAUGCUGUUAUAUCAUGGCUAAUUUCUACAGCAUAUCUGCUAUUGUUUAAUCGUAUUUAGCUCUCAGUCAUCAUUUAGAAUGGGUUCUGGUUUAACCAGUGACUAGUUUGUUGAAAUGAUCAAAUAAAGAGCUUUGCUAGCUUUU